AUGGAGGAUAUGUCAACAAUCACAACGAAGAAUGAUGGAUAUGAACUGAACUCAGGAGAUAGGAAUAGGACUAUAUCUCAAUCAAGUAUCAGACUGAAUGAUGUAGAAUCCUCAAAUAUCAAUUCAUCAUAUACAUAUACAUAUACGAACAGGAACUCACCAAACCCAUCAACACCUGAACAAAACACUGUAUCACUAGAUGAAGGAUAUCUAGGUGUAUCAAAUCACAGUACUUAUGGCGGUGGUGGUGGUGGUGGUGGUGGUGGCAGAUCAAGUAGGAUGAUAGGUAAAUCACCACCGCCACCACCUGGACCACCUCCAUCUGAUCCUCCACCACUACCGCCUGGACCAUCAUCCUCCUCCGCGACUUCUUCAACGUCGGCCCAUCCAUUCGCAUCCACACGUCCCAGACCUUCAGCAAGAUUAUCUUCACUUUCCUCAGUGAGAAAAGCAAGCUUGAUUCCUAGUAGACCAUCAAGUCCAGCUGGACCUCCUCCGACAUCUCAAUUACCUCCAAUACCCACUCAUUCACAUUCUACCAAGAGUCCGCCUAACGAGAUUCACACAGCUUCAAAUUCCGAUGCCAGACCAAAACAUGGCAGACAAUCAUCAUCAUCAUCGAGAAGCGUUAUUGGAAAUCCCCCUUCUACUCCUCCCUCAGUCUCACCCAGAUCAAGUUCACUGUUCAAUACUAAUGCCAAUAGCCAAGCUGGACCUUCGGGAACGUCCACUUCCACUUCCACUUCCACUUCUAACUCGGCAGAAGGUCUAGGUACGCCAAUAGCACUAAAUAGGAAACUUCAAGAGAAUGAAAAUGACCGUUCACAAAUAUCUACAGCGCCUGGAAAUGCAUCAAAACCUCCAAGAACACCUUCACGUCACCUGCUGCAAACAGCCCUUGAUUUAGCUCAGAAAGCAGUAGAAAUGGAUAAGAAUAACGAUGUUCUAGGGGCAUUGGCUGCUUACAGAGAAGCUGUCAACAGACUGAAAUCUGUAAUGGAACGAGUUGGCGUAGAAUCCACUAGUGAUAAGAAAGGCGGUAGAAAAGGUAAAAGUGAGGAAGAAGGUCGAACACUAAGAGGUAUACACGACGCAUAUGUAGCGCGUAUACAGCUUUUAUCGUCUUAUGAAACAAACGAUGAAAUAGGAACUGGACCUUCAUCUGAAGCUGGACCUUCAGAUUAUGGUUCCUCCUCUCGAACCCAACAUCCUCACCCUUCAGUGUCCACGACGACACUUACUCCCGCCGAUGAAGCUACACCUCGACCAUCGUUAGAUGAUGGUGGAAUGACAGGUAUAGGUAAUUUAAUGUUAUCAGAUAACGGAGAUCAAUCAUUCGAUACCUCUGGUUCCAUCCCCAGUCCAGCUGAAUCACAAGCUGCUGCCAUUUCACAGCAAAUAGCACACUCGAACCAUGCUGAUCGACUUAUCUCGCCACCAUCCAUCGAUGCAACCUUGUAUCUAGGAGGACCUUCCCCGACACUACCAACAAUAAAUCAUAGUACAAAGGAGGAUCUUUCUUUACAGCAAGCGUUAGACCAAGCCGCCAAUGCAAGUGCAUCAAGUUCCACCCCACUCAGAGGAUCAAUACCUAAUCUGGGAUUAGGUUAUCCGACUUCUCCUCCAAAUAUGGUCCAACACACUCCAGCAAAUACCUCAACACCCAUGCCGAUAAAAUCGCAUGUCUCCACUAGAUCUAUUAGUGAAACAGAUACUGGUGGAUCACCUUCGCCAUCGAAAUCUCGUUUGAAAAGACCAAAUAGACCUUCGAUGGGAUUAGAUAUGGAAGCUGAUUUGACUGGGAUAGAUGGUGUAGACGACGGAGUAGAAAUGUUAGCUCGAACUCCAAGAGAAAGCCACAUACCUUCCGGCUCAUUCAGAAACGAAAGAAGAUCAUCAACAGCAAGUCAAGGUGUCAUACCACCUUCACCAAGAUCAAUACAUAGUAACAGUAAUGAUGAAAGAGAUAGACCUCUACCACCUCUACCCCAUUCAGCACCCAUGAUAGAUCCAAUGACCGGUCUGCCGAUUAUGAAUGAUAGGAAAACAAAUUUGAUAGGCGUUUCAAAACCUCUCCCUACUCCUGCUCCAACUGGUGCACUAUUGGUAUCACCCACUACUGAUCAAGGCACGAUCUCUCAAAGAAGACAAUCACGUCCACUUUCUGGCACACUGAGUGCUCUCAUGAAUCAUGAUCAACAAUCACAAGCAUCAACUCAGUUCCCUACACAGCCUCAAUUCUCGGUCUCAAGCUCCAAUUCUUCCAUCCGUUCCAUCUCACAAACAAGCGUGAGUACAAGAGUAAGAGCGAAGUCACAACCUGGACAAAGACCCAUCAAUGAUAACGGGCCUAUUAUCCCUCCAAUACCAAGUGGUCAAAUAAGACAUAAGGCUUCAUUCUCUUCCUCAUCACAGCUAGGUAUAGGAAUAAUACCUCAGAUACCUCGACAAUCUUCAACAACAUCUCCUGGUAAUCUUAGGAUUGAUACUGCUCACAAUAAUGGAAAGGAGCACGGACAGGGGAAAUUAGCUCCUCCACUGAACAUAACCGCUAGAUCUGGUUCACCACGUUCUUUACCGCCUUUACCUGAUACAGCGAUUUCGGGGUCAUUGAUGUCUCCGAUGCCUGAAUUACAACCAUCAGAAGUGAUUCAUCGACCAUUCCAUCUACUGCGGGUACUUCAUUCCUCCAUGGAUCCUGAAUCGGCGGGGUCAUAUAUGACUGGAACCAUCCAUGUUCCAUCUGCAGUGUGGAAUCCUUCCAACUGGUCAAAAACAUCCAAAAGUCAACUCACACCACCUAAGAUAAUAGCACAAGAGAUCAAAGUGAAAUGCAUGGAAUCUCUAAUACUUCAUUUAGAAUCAAUCAGGAUAACAGGACAAUCGUUUUUCAAUGGACCGAAAACCAAGAAAAGAGUAAACGGUGGUGGGAUUGAAGGAAAUAAAAUAGCUGAAGAAUUCUGUUUGUCAUUAGAUGAAUUAGAUGAAGAAAUGGAUAUCACAUGCAAGUUAUUAAGCAAGAAUGGUGUUUUAUCUAAUAACUCAAAUUCGAAUUUUGCAAGUUGGAAAAGUGGGAACAAUAAUGGUAAUAUUCACAACAGCGGGAAAUCAAAAUCGCUGAAAGGUUCUUCAUGGAGUUCAAGAAUAUCUAGAUCAGUAGAUAAGAUGACCAGUUCAUCAAGAAAUUCAAAUAAUGAUAAACUUAAUUCAGAUUCAACUGAUAAAUACGUCGAUCUCUUGUCUAACCUGUGCAUGGGAGUUCAAGUUAUAAACGAUCACCUUCUCAACUUCACCUCGGGAGAAUGCACACCUGCAUACGCGGCAUUGCCCGAAAAACCAUAUCGGAAUAUCGAGUCUCGAUUGAGAAGAACAGCAGAUUUCGUCGGAAUGAUAAUCGUGCCCUUCGUUCUGGACGAUUUCAAACAAUUCUUCUUGAGAUACUUGAAAGGAGGUGUCAAAUAUCUGGAAGAUUAG